AUGAGGAAAGACCAGUCUCGGCGCUUAGAAACGCCACCAUCAUCUCCUUGUCACACAAAUACACAUCAAGGCACUCCGCCUUUCACCACUUUGAACGGCAGUUUCACCACUUCUCUUCCAAAGAACAAGACCAAUGUCAUAUGGGCCUCUGGUGAUAGCGCGCAUUUCGAAGAGUCCCCCACAGGUUCUAAUCGAUGUGUCACCUACAGGCUUGCCACGGAGCCUGGAACCGACCGAUUGAGCCCUGUGCCGAUCCUCGUCACUGGCACCGCCCCAGUACUUGGUACUUGGUAUGUACCGCCUAACCAGGGUCUACCUGCGAUGUUCAAGGUUCAGGCCAGGCUCGAUGGCCGCGACUGGAUCCUUUCUACGGAUAAUACCAAGGUCACCUCGCAAAACAUGGUAAAUGUGGCGGUCCAGAACAUGUCUCUACUUCAGCCGGUCUUCGACAUUCCUAUGUGUAUAGCUGGUGACUGGGCCAGGGCAAUUUAG